AUACAUACCCAGCUAUAUUGUAUAUUCUUGAUUCUCAAUAUUAUUGCAGUCAUGGCGGCACGCUACGCAGCUAUGGAGUUGGACUCCAACGCCGGCGACUCCGUGGCUUCGACGCCGCGAUCGGAGCACCACCAAAACCUCGCCGCCGAUGAUGGCGUCUCCAUUCAGCAGCUGCCACGCGUCCGCUUCAUGUGCAGUUUCGGCGGGAAGAUCCUUCCCCGCCCGCACGACAAUCAGCUCCGCUACGUCGGCGGCGACACGCGCAUCGUCGCGUUGAACCGCCACGCGUCUUUCGCGUCGCUCCUGGUUAAGCUCUCCAAGCUCGCCGGCACGGCGAGCGUGGUCGUGAAGUACCAGCUCCCGAACGAGGAUCUCGACUCGUUGAUUACGGUCACGACGGACGAGGACGUGGAGAAUAUGAUGGACGAGUAUGACCGCGUGGCGCAGACUCACAAGGCGGCGCGUCUGCGGCUUUUUCUAUUUCCGACCGACGCGGAUUCCAGGGCGAGCACGAUUAACUCGAUUCUCGACGGGUCGGCUAAGCGGGAGCACUGGUUUGUGGACGCGCUGAAUGGCGGGUCGGGUCCGGGUUUGGAGCGGGGGCGGUCGGAGGCGUCGUCGAUUGUGUCGGAAGUGCCGGAUUAUUUGUUCGGGUUGGAGAACGCCGACGAGCCGCCGCUUUCCCGGAUGAAGAACAACAACAACAAGCAUCUUUUCCACGAGACCGCCUCGAAUUCGGAACCGGGUUCGCCCGCCCCGGCCGUUUCUUCUUCCCCGUUCUGCUCCACGUCAUCGGCGCUGGCCACUCCUAACGUCGCCGUCAUGCCGGAUCUCCCGCCGGUGAAAACAAAGCCCGAUCAACAGCUUCCCAGAGCAACGUCGAUUGAGACGACCACGGGCGAGAACCCGAAUCCGGGUCCGCCCCAGCAACCCGGGUAUCCGGGUAGCCCGUAUUGGCAUUACCCGGGACCACAAGUUCAACCAAUGCCCAUUUAUUACGUCCCCGGAGUUGGACCCGUUCAGGCCGCCGCUGGCAGCCACCCGCCGCAUCCAAUUCCUCAACGAGGUCAAUACGUUCAACCCUUUCAGGUCAUUCCGGGUCAAGUACCCGUCGGGCUUCCCCAACAAGUUUCAAGUAUAGGCCCAGUUUAUGGUGGCAUGAGGCCUGUUAUGAGUCUGGAAAGCCAUGAAAUAAACCAAGCUGUUCUUUAUGGGGCCAGAAAUGGUGGAACAGUUCCGGGCUAUUCCAGCGCCGGCGGGGAAGAAAUGGAAGGAAAAGUGGGUCGGGUCCCCCAUCCAGGCUAGAGAAUAUAAUCCUCCAUCAUUGUUGACAACUAUGUGAAAUAUUAGCAGUAUUUGGGUACAAAAUAAUGUAAUAUGAGGUGUUUCUUUUCAAUUCAUUAAUGGAGUGAGUGUGUAUAAGAUUCUGAAGGAUUAAUAUGUCCCCCAGCAAGUUAUAGGAAAAACUUCAAGGUACAGAUCAGAGUAUUAUCUGGAGUACAAUUAAUAUCGAGAAAUCAGGUUGGUGACAAUUUGUGUAAUCCGGAGGAUUAGUUCAAAUUGUAUGCUUAUACUUUUUCAUAAAGUUGUUUACAUGAUUCAUGUUUUAAAGAGUGUCAGUCGUAAUUUAAUAAUUCAUUGAGUCUUGUAAAGUGUAAAAAGCUCUCUUGUUCGAUGGUGAAAAAGUAUAUUGGGCGUGGCCUUACAGAGUAAAAGUUGUGUUAUUUACUCAA